AUGAGAUCUUCUGUUAUUUCGAGAGCUGUUCAGUAUUCAACACCAAUGGAGAAUGAUGUACGGAAGAUUUCAGUACAGCCAAAAGAGGUCGAAAGAACCAAAGUCAUUGAAAAUUAUGAUGACUCAUUAAUAAAUGGCCGAUGCGACAAUGGUAGCAUUCAUUCGAAUUAUCAUUCUAAUAGUAUCACUCAUAUAAAGGAUUCAGGAUCAAUUGCCAGUGAUUUAGAUGAAUCUGUACUGGAUGCUUUCACCACAAUUUCGAAGACAUUGCUGUUCAAGAGUGAAGGAUUUGAGAUUACAGACGAUGACUUAUAA